AUGGAAGGGAGGCCGCUGGUGACGUUCCGCCAGCGAUCUUUUACCCACGGAGAAGGUGCUACGGCAUCGUGCGUGCAUGUCUCGCAGCAGUGCUUUUCCGACCACGUCUGGGUGCUCAUCACGGAGGACGACACAUGCGUGCCCGGGGUGGUGCUGCGCCACGACUCGCACGAAAUGGGGCUGAGUGCCAGCUGGGAGAACCCCAAUGCGUUGCCGUCCACGCCGUGUGAGUGUCUGCUCGGAAUGCGGGACCACCCCCUCACGAACAUCGUCGCCGGCGUCAUCGCCCACGCCAUUCGCGCCGAGGGGGAACAGCGGCCACUUUUACUGUGCAUUAGUUUGACCAAAACGGCGAAGCGGCUGGAGAACGCGGUCGAGCGCAAGGCUUUUCUGCGGAAAGUCAGAGACGACGUGCUGGCGCUUGCCACGGGAGAGAGUUAA